AGUUGUGGAAUGGAAGGGACGAACUUAUUAUAUAAAGAUUCUCGUACAUUAGGGUUUUAUCCUUCCCGAAGCUUUUGCCGUCGCUGCCUACAUCCUUGCCUCAGAGCAGAACAGCAGCAGCCAUGGCCGAACAGACUGAGAAAGCUUUCCUAAAGCAACCUAAGGUCUUCCUCAGCUCGAAGAUAUCUGGAAAGGGAAAGAGGCCUGGAAAGGGUGGAAACAGAUUCGUGAAGAACAUUGGUUUGGGCUUCAAGACUCCUCGUGAAGCCACUCAAGGAACAUACAUUGACAGCAAAUGUCCCUUCACUGGAACUGUUUCGAUUAGAGGACGUAUCUUAGCCGGUACUUGCCACAGUGCCAAAAUGCAGAGGACCAUUAUCGUCCGAAGGAACUACCUUCACUUUGUCAAGAAGUAUCAGAGGUCUGUUCUUACAUCAAUUUACUUUUUUGUUCAUAUGACUUUGACUUUUACAUCAAUGUUCAUACUCUUUUUCUUUGUCAGGUAUGAGAAGAGGCAUUCGAACAUCCCUGCUCAUGUCUCACCAUGCUUCCGUGUCAAGGAAGGAGACCAUGUCAUCAUUGGACAAUGCAGGCCAUUGUCCAAGACUGUGAGGUUCAAUGUGUUGAAGGUGAUACCAGCUGGUGCUUCUGCUUUCGCAAAGAAGGCUUUCACUGGCGCUUAAGAGUGUUUUUUUAAUGUUACUUUAUGUUUCUCGAUAGAGCUGAACUCUGGUUAUUACCCUUUUAUUUUAAAGAGAUUUUUACAUUGAA